AUGACAGUGGUUGAGAAUGCAAGGGUGAAGCUUGGGAAGAGCGUGGGGUCGAACUCGGCGAAUCGGAACCCGGAGACUUCGACGACACCCCAGAACGGUGGUGCUGUUACCGCACCCAACGAUCAGGAUCUGUCCGUGAUGGUCACCCCUCCCCCCCAACGGCAACAUCAGGUGGCGGCGGCUCAGUGGGGGAGCUUUGAACACGUGGCGAAUCAUCACCAUCAGCGGCAGAGAUCUAACGGCGGAGAUUUUCAGAUGAGUAAUGGGGAUCAUCAUCACGACGUAGACCGGGACAUGAGGGAGCUCUUCUCGAAGCUCAACCCCAUGGCGGAGGAGUUCAUGCCGCCGUCACUAGCUAACGGACAUGGACUCAAUGCUGGGUUUGUUAACAUGGCACUAAUGAUGCAGAACAGGAACAGAAAUGGACAAGCUAAUGGCUUUCCUGGUCGACAGAAAAAUCAGAGAAUGAGCGAUAGGUUUUGCAGCGGUGGCGGCCAGUACAAGUUCUACUCUGUCAAGCCCACUUCUACAAAGACUUAG